UAUAUGUAUAUAUAUAUGUAUGUAUAUAUAUAUAUAAAUCCUUAUGUAAAUUGUCUACCAACACUUAACCUGAAAGAACGAGUUUCCACAAUGUAAAUUAAUCUCAUCUCAAUAGAACCUCGCGUUGCGUUUGUAAAAAAAGCAUUUCACUUUGAAUUUUUUCAAGUGAUCACAUUUAUUAUUGUCGUUAACGUCGUCAUGUUAGUGCCGUCGGAUAUGAUAGCGGCACAAUCUAAAAUGGUUUAUCAAAUGAAUAAAUAUUGUGCCGAUCGCGUGCAAGCACGUAAAACGCAGAUCCAUAAACAGAUUUUAGAAGUGUGUCGCAUCGUUCAGGACGUUUUAAAAGAGGUUGAGGUGCAGGAGCCUCGUUUCAUUUCCUCUCUCAAUGAUUAUAAUGGCCGUUUUGAGGGUCUCGAAGUGAUCUCACCCACAGAAUUCGAAAUCAUUAUCUACCUCAAUCAGAUGGGUGUCCUUAAUUUUGUGGAUGACGGUGCAUUGCCCGGUUGUGCGGUACUCAAAUUGAGUGAUGGCCGUAAACGGUCCAUGUCAUUGUGGGUGGAAUUUAUUACCGCAUCGGGCUAUCUAUCAGCACGAAAAAUUCGUUCACGUUUUCAAACAUUGGUAGCUCAAGCUUGUGAUAAAUGUGCCUAUCGUGACGUAGUCAAAAUGAUUGCCGACACCACCGAGGUGAAAUUACGAAUUCGCGAACGUAUUGUUGUACAGAUAACGCCUGCCUUUAAAUGCGCCGGGCUGUGGCCUCGUUCCGCGUCACAUUGGCCUAUACCCGCUAUACCGUGGCCACAUCCCAACAUUGUAGCAGAAGUAAAGACUGAAGGUUUCGACAUGCUAUCCAAAGAAUGUAUAGCGUUACAGGGCAAAAAUUCAGCCAUGGAAGGUGAUGCUUGGGUGUUAAGUUUCACAGAUGCUGAAAAUCGCUUACUACAAGGAGCUAGUCGUCGUCGUUGCUUAAGUAUAUUAAAGACACUAAGGGAUCGCCAUUUAGAUUUACCCGGUAAUCCGGUUACUUCGUAUCAUUUGAAGACUCUACUUCUGUACGAAUGUGAAAAACAUCCACGAGAGCAAGAAUGGGAAGAGAAUUGUAUAGCCGAUCGUAUUAAUGGCAUAUUUUUACAGUUAAUAUCAUGCCUACAGUGCCGACGAUGUCCGCAUUAUUUUUUACCAAAUAUGGAUUUAUUUAAAGGCAAGUCCCCGGGAGCUUUAGAGAAUGCAGCCAAACAAGUGUGGCGUUUGACACGAAUUAUGUUAACAAAUGCCAGAUGCUUAGAAGAGUUGUAAAUGUGAGCACAAUGGCAAACAAAUACAAAGCUACGGUGUUUAUUAGACUAUAGCAAUAAUAAAAAAAGGCUUAUUUAUUAAAGUUUUAAAAUAAGAUAUGCUUUGGCUAAAAGAAAACGCACACA